AUGGAUUGUGUGGCUGCACCAUGGGACGGGUCAGAUUGGCGUCCAUGCUUCCGUGCCAUGGUGUUAGAUACUACUUUGCCCGUUCUUGUCCUGGCAGUAUGUACUUUUAUGCUGUUUGCAUGGCUGCAUCGACGACGGCACAAGCCACGAGCACCUCCUGCGGCACCACGACACACGCCAACAGAGCGUGUGUUGGAAGCGGAAACAGCCGUGAUUUUAGAAGAAGCCAACUCUCUUGCAAGAGAUGAUCAGGCCUACAGGGAUUCAUUGCGGGCUCCCUCAUAUCUGCGCACAGAUAUGGUGGUCUGUGCUUGUCUUGCUUUAGGGCAGAUCUUGCUUUUCCGUCACACAAACAAGAUAUGGCACAUAUACACACUGUAUGCUUUCCUCUUAUGUGUAUAUGCCUGGUACACACGGCAAUCAUUGUUCUUUUAUAAAUUAGGAUUGGUUGUGCCGUAUGCUAUUGUGACAUGUUUCCACUUGCGGAGCCUAUGGUUGCAAGGUACACUGCACAGCGAAUGGUAUCAGGCAUUGGGUAUACUCGUCGCAUUACUUUCUUUGCUGCUUCGUCGCCGUCUCGAUACGAUUCCGGCCAAGAUGGCAUUUCUUGCCACAAACGACGAAUCCGAACGUGGAACUGUACGUAUAUCCGAAGCUCUUCCUCCAUCUGAGGCCUAUGCCUCUUUAUUGGGACGCAUUACGUAUCUUUUCAUUACGCCUUUUUUGUGGCGUCAGUACUUUGCACCGACAACCUUUGACGCGAUUCCCCAGCUGCCCCUCAAAUAUCGGGCCGCUGUGAUUGUGUCACAUGUCCGCCUAAAUGCCAACAAGAUGCAUACGUCACUUUUGUAUCGCCUUUGGCUUGCUCUUGGCUCUACGACCACGCGGCAAAUUACGUUGUCUUUCUUUCGCGCUUGCUUCCGUAUCGUCCCUAUCGCUUGUUUAUCACAGCUUCUUGACUUUGCAUCACGGCGUGACGAUGCCAAAGCUCGUGGCGAAGAGCCACCACCAUUACACAUCGGUCUUUUCUGGACAGGUGCUUUGUUUUCCGCCCAGCUGAUUGAGUUCUUGCUGGAGAUGAAUGUAUACCAUGCAGGACGCACUCAGUCUAUUGAGCUGCGCUCCUUCUUAUCGACUGAGCUCUUUUCCAAAAUUUUGCGGCGCGACGUGCUUGGCGCUAAGGCGCCGGAGUCGUCUGCGCGAAUGUCAGAUGGGCAUAUUGCUUCACUUUUGGCUGUUGACAUGUUCAAAAUCGAUUCCUUCAUGGCUUUUGUGCAUCAACCUGUCGUGGAAUAUCCACUCACUAUAUUGUUUUGUUCCCUUUAUCUCUUCCACCUUCUUGGGCCUUCCGCUUUAGUUGGUUUAUCCGUGCUAAUCGUUACUGCGCCGCUUCAGACGCAGUUGUCCAAGUUUAUGGUUCGGGUGCAGGAUAGUAUUCUACAAGCGACAGAUGCCCGACUUGACUUGGUCAACGAAGUGUUCUUGUGCAUCAAAACAGUGAAAUUUUUUGCGUGGGAAAAGCCGUUUCUUGAUCGUUUGUAUGCAUCUCGUGCGAAAGAAUUGGUUAUGCUGGCGCGAAACAAUCUUAUAUCGGUUACAUACAACUUCAUUUUUGUUGGCAUGCCGAUGAUGGUGACAAUUGCUACUUUUGGCACCUAUACCUACGUAUUUGGACAUCCACUUACAGCCAAAACGGCAUUUACGGCGCUUUCGAUUUUUACAUCAUUGCGUUUGCCACUUUCAGAUUUGCCAGAAAUGAUUGUUUUGAUGCUAGGUGCGAUUGUCUCCGUGCGUCGCAUUGAUGCUUUUCUCAAGACGCAAGAUACAAGCAAGUAUGAGCAGCUCCAAGCAACAAACGAAGAUGUUCACCCAGCUACUUCCUAUUUGGGCUUUCACAAUGCCACCUUUGCUUAUAACCCGCAAGACCCACAUUCUUUUCGACUGUCUCGACUUAACUGUCGCUUUCCUAUCGGUAAGCUGAGCGUGGUUUUGGGACCAGUCGGGUCAGGUAAAACCUGCCUGCUCCUGUCUCUUAUGGGUGAGGUUCAUCGUCUUGAGGGGACCACUUUCACGCCGUGUCCCGCUAAUCGCAGUAUGCUUCGAUCCGAUCCCCAAAUGAAUCUUACAGAAUCAGUCGCUUAUUGUACUCAAAAUGCUUGGCUUCUUGGUACAACUGUGCGUGAGAAUAUUUUGUUUGGAACCGAGUACAAUGAGGAAAGAUAUCGUGAAGUUCUCUAUGCCUGUGCCCUUGAGCCUGACUUGGACAUCUUAGAACACCACGAUGAGACCGAAGUAGGUGAAAAAGGUACUUCUCUCUCUGGCGGACAAAAGGCGCGGAUUGCACUGGCUCGUUCAUUUUACUCCUACGCCAGGCAUAUCCUCAUCGAUGAUGCGCUUAGCGCUGUUGACGCGCAGACUGCUGAGCAUUUGUAUCAUCACUGCUUCCAUGGUCCACUUGCUAAAGAUCGCACAAUUGUGCUGGUAACCCAUUCUGUAUCUUUGGUCUUGCCUACUGCGGUCUAUGCGGUUGUGAUGGAUAAUGGGCGCAUAUCAGCAGAGGGAAAGCCCAUGGACUUAAUUCAAACAGGUCGGAUCAAUUCGACAUUGCAGGAUCCUGUUCCGGUUGCGCCUUUUUUCCAAGCAGAAAACAGUGCAUCAUCAGAGCAAGAAGCCAAGUGGAAAGCAGUAAACAAACGACGUGCUCGUAAAAACAAGUUUGCAAAUGCAGAGUCGAUUGAUCGCAAGGCUCGAGGCAUGGAGCUUUAUGUUUUAUACAUGAAGUCUGCUGCUCAGCACACGUCUAUCGCAGUGGGACUGUGGCUGCUUCUGCUUUGUAUGUACGUCAUUGUACGCACAUCGGAUAUAAUGAGCAAUGCAUGGCUUAAAAAAUGGGCAAGCACUUACGAAACUGAUGUGAGUGCAUUUGACUACUUGGUCCAAAUGUUGCAUAUAUUCCAUGAAGAGCCAGCACCAGGUAUGGACCGGACUAAAUACUACCUCUUUCAUUAUAUUCUCUUGGUAUUUUUGUUUAUUCUUGUGUCCACACUGCGUGACUUACUACAGUAUUAUAUCUCGCUUCGUGCUUCUCGCCUCUUGUAUUCGCGGGUGCUUCAUGGUCUCUUGUAUGCCUGCCCUCGAUUCUUUGAUGUGACACCCAUUGGUCGUAUUAUGAACCGCUUAUCGAAAGAUGUUGAAACAGUGGAUCAAGAUAUGGCCCCAAGCCUACGAAUGAUGAUUGAAGCAGUGGUCACGUUGGCUGCUAUUCUAGGCAUUAUAUGCUGGGCCACGCCUAGCUUUUUGUAUAUGGCAGGCUUUGUUUUGAUCUUGUACUAUGUGAUUGCCUCAUUGUAUCUUGGUUCAUCUCGGGAACUGAAGCGUAUUGAGAGUGUGGAACGUUCACCCCUUUUCACGCUAUUAGGAGAGACAUUAGCGGGUACCAUUACUAUUCGCGCGUUUGGUGACAGUGAACGUGUCAUUCGCCGUUGCUUACACGUGGUUGAUCGAACUCACAGAGCUUUUCUGUAUCUAUGGUAUGAAAAUCGUUGGCUGAGUAUGUGUGUGGACUUCAUGGGUGCUAUUGUCACAUGUAUUACAGCUACUUUGCUGGUAACUACUGGAGCUGAUGCGGCCUUGACUGGAUUCACCUUGGCCUACGCGGUUCUUAUUGUACAAACUGUUCUCAGAAUUGUGCGAAGAUAUACUACCACUGAAAUCAAUCUUAACUCGGUAGAGCGCCUUCAAGAAUAUCUUGAUGUUCCUUCUGAAAGCCAAGGCGGAGAAGAACCACCAGCGCACUGGCCAUCGAGCACGGGCAUGAUCCAUGUCCGGGACCUAUCGGUUCGCUACGGUCCCGAGCACCCUCUGGCCCUUUCUCGUGUGACUUUUGAUAUCCAGCCUGGCCACAAGAUCGGCAUUGUGGGUCGCACUGGCAGUGGCAAAUCAACUCUGUCUCUCGCCUUUUUCCGCUUCCUUGAAGCUGAGAAUGGCUCGAUAACGAUCGAUGGCAUUGACAUUUCUCACAUCACCCUCGAGUCUCUGCGCCGUCGUCUCACUAUUAUCCCGCAAGAUUCACAGCUUUUCCGUGGCACCAUCCGCUCAAACCUUGAUCCGUUUGGUGUGUGUGACGAUGGAGACAUGUGGUUUGCCUUGCAGCGUUGCCAACUCGCUGCGACCGGGUCUAGUCCUCGCGUACCUGGCGCAGGAAGCGUCGUCAAGUCAUUGGACGACCCUGUCGAGCAGGGUGGAUCCAACUUCAGUGCUGGACAGCGACAGCUGCUGUCGCUGGCACGUGGCAUGCUCAAGAUGCGGGAGAGUCGGAUCUUGAUAUUGGACGAGAGCACAGCGAAUCUUGAUGCUGAAUCAGAUGCUCUAAUCCAGCGGACAAUCCGUGAGCAGAUGGCGCCUGGCGCAACCAUCCUGACCGUGGCUCAUCGCCUCAAGACGAUCAUUGAUUACGACAAGGUCCUUGUGCUCGGAAAGGGCCGUGUGUUGGAAUACGACUCGCCGUCACGUUUAUUGGCAAAUCCGGACAGCACAUUUCAUAUGCUAUGUGAACGCACCGGUGACUUGGCUCAACUCAAAGCGGCAGCAGACCAAGCACUGGCCACCUCCACACUGUAG